CAGCAGCGUCUUCUCCACCAUCGCCGAGGAGACUCCCGCUACGACUUUCUGCGAAGUCUGUCCAAACACGCGCGACGCGCGACGGAGCGGACUGCGACUGCGCAAACGACCACGCCCAACGCGACGUGUCCACUCUUUCCACACCACACGCCCUCCCGCGACGAGGCUCCCAUCACGCCUGCCCACACCCUCCCACCACACGUCCACCCAGCGACUUCCCCAGGCCGCGUUCGAGGUCACGGGCUUUGCGACAUCACCACCCGCAUUGGACACUUUCCCUUGCACCCCCGCCCACCCGCCGUUGAUGCGCGCCGCCGCCUAGGAUAUCUCAUUGGUGGACGGGACACGCGCGUCUUCAGCUGGACGCUUGCGCUGUGAGGACACCACUGCCGGGGCGAUAUCGCGUCCUCCAUCGCCCAUCAUGGCUGCGGUACAGCCCAACCAAGGCAUGCCGCAACAGCAGCAGCAGCAGACGCAGGGCAAUGCUGUCGUCAACCAGGUCCUGCCGCCUGGGAUGACUGGCGACCAGGUCAAGGCCAUGUUCCAGGAGUACCAAAGCAAGAGGAGACAAGGUGUGCCGGAUUCUGACCCACAGAUGCAGAAGAUGCGCACCGUAUUAUCGCAGGUGCAGCAGCGAACGGAGCAGGUGAAGCGCAUGCAGCAGAUGAAGGCUGCGCAGAUGGCGCAAAUGCGACAGCAGCAGCAGAGCGGUAUGCAGCAAAAUGGCGCGUCCAUGCAGAUGCACGCAAACGGUGUUCCCGCAGGCAUGGCUGGGCAGCCAGACGCGCAGGCGCAGACAAGUCAGCAACCAGCCGUCAAUGGGACAUCACAGCUCAAUGCCCAGGCAACCCAGCAAACGCCCACCGGUCCAUCUUCAACCCCACAGCCUGGGCAGAUGGAUACUGGCAAGGAAAACCUGAACAAGAAGCAGGUCGAACUCCUUCGAUUCCAGAUGCAAGCAUUCGGCGCGUUGCAGAAGAAUCAGGCCAUCCCGCCUGCCAUAGCAGAGCGCAUAUUCGCUUCACGACAGACGCAACGGAGCCCGAGCCUCACCGAGAAUGUAGCUGCCGCAGGCAAGACGCUGGAGGAUGCCUCAAAUGGCUCAGCAGGACCGAGCACAGAUCUGACAACCCGACAUCGCUUCGAAACCUUCACAGACCCUCACGGCCUGAUGCUCAAGCGCAUUAGCUAUGUCGAUCACGCCCAUCGACCCUAUCGACCGAUGAUUCCCAGCAUAAUGCCACUCGGGAUCGAUCCAGAACGCGUGCGGGAGGAACGAGAGAACAUCGUCUACAACCGAGUGCUGACACGGAAGAAUGAGCUGAGCAAGCUAUCUGCGAACAUUGGCGGCUGGGACCCAAGCAAGUCAGAUGUACCAGAAGACAAUGCCCAUCUCAAGUUGCGAGCGAUGAUUGAGUACAAAAUGCUCAACUUGCUACCAAAGCAGCGCGAGAUGCGACAAAAAGUUGGGAGGGAGAUGAUGCUUUCCGACAACCUGUCUAUGACUGCCAAUCGAUCCAUGUACCGUCGGGUGAAGAAGCAAAGCCUGAGAGAGGCUCGCGUCACCGAGAAGCUCGAGAAGCAGCAACGCGAUGCUGCCGAGAACAAGGAGAAGAAGAAGCACAACGAGUACAUUCGAUCGAUCAUGCAACAUGCCGAGGACAUCAGAAACGGCGCUCAGGCUCACAAGCUUCGUGUGCAGAAGUUGGGACGCAUGAUGAUCUCGACACAUGCCAAUAUCGAAAAGGAAGAGCAGAAGCGUAUCGAGCGAACGGCGAAGCAACGUCUGCAAGCCUUGAAGGCCAACGACGAAGAGACCUACCUCAAGCUGUUGGGACAAGCCAAGGACUCGCGUAUUUCACACUUGCUCAAACAGACGGAUGGGUUCUUGAACCAGCUCGCGGCAUCUGUCAAGGAACAACAGCGAAGAAUGGGCCACGAUGUCCAAGACGAGGUUGAAGAAAACGACGAAGUUGACAGCGAAGAUGAGACCAAGCCGAAGACGGAUUACUACGAGAUUGCUCAUCGCAUCAAGGAAGAAGUCCAUGCGCAAUCGUCCAAUUUGGUUGGUGGUACUUUGAAGGAAUACCAGCUGAAGGGUUUGCAAUGGAUGAUAUCGCUGUACAACAACAACCUCAAUGGUAUCUUGGCAGACGAGAUGGGUCUCGGAAAGACGAUUCAGACCAUUUCUUUGAUCACGUACCUGAUCGAGAAGAAGCGUCAACAAGGCCCGUAUCUCGUCAUCGUGCCGCUGAGUACACUGACGAACUGGACCAACGAAUUCGACCGAUGGGCUCCAAGUGUCACCCGCAUCGUAUACAAGGGAAAUCCGACUCAGCGAAAGGUCUUCCAAAACCAGAUUCGCUAUGGGAACUUCCAGGUUCUUCUUACCACCUACGAAUUUAUCAUCAAGGAUCGUCCGAUUUUGAGCAAGAUCAAAUGGCUGCACAUGAUUGUCGACGAAGGUCACCGAAUGAAGAACGCCCAGUCGAAACUGAGCAGCACCAUCUCUCAGUACUACCACACCCGAUACCGCAUCAUUCUUACUGGUACUCCUUUGCAAAACAACCUUACCGAGCUGUGGGCUAUGUUGAACUUUGUACUGCCGAAUAUCUUCAAGUCCGCAAAGUCGUUCGAUGAGUGGUUCAAUACGCCUUUUGCAAACACAGGCGGUGGCGACAAGAUGGAGCUGACAGAAGAAGAGUCACUUCUUGUCAUUCGGCGUCUUCACAAGGUGCUCCGACCUUUCCUCCUGCGCCGUCUGAAGAAGGAUGUCGAAAAGGAUCUUCCCGACAAGCAAGAACGUGUGAUCAAGUGCAAUCUUUCCGCACUCCAGGCCAAGCUGUACAAGCAGCUCAUGCAACACAACCGCAUCAAUGUUAUUGGCGCUGAUGGCAAGAAGACCGGUAUGCGCGGGUUGAGCAAUAUGCUUAUGCAGUUGCGAAAGCUGUGUAACCAUCCCUUCGUGUUCGAGGAGGUGGAGGACCAAAUGAAUCCAAACAAACUCACGAACGACCUGAUCUGGCGUACGGCGGGUAAAUUUGAACUGCUGGACCGUAUCCUGCCCAAGUUUCAAGCGACAGGACACAGAGUCUUGCUGUUCUUCCAAAUGACACAAAUCAUGAAUAUCAUGGAGGACUUCUUGCGAUUCCGAGGCAUCAAAUACCUGCGAUUGGAUGGAUCCACAAAAGCCGACGACCGAUCCGAACUGCUCAGAUUGUUCAACGCACCUGACUCUGAAUACUUCUGCUUUUUGCUGUCCACGCGUGCCGGAGGUCUUGGUCUCAACUUGCAAACCGCCGACACGGUCAUCAUUUACGACUCUGAUUGGAACCCUCACCAGGAUUUGCAAGCACAGGAUCGUGCUCAUCGUAUUGGUCAAAAGAAUGAAGUGCGUAUCCUUCGUCUGAUUACUAGCAACUCGGUCGAAGAGAAGAUCCUGGAGCGCGCCCAAUACAAGCUUGAUAUGGAUGGCAAGGUCAUUCAAGCUGGUAAAUUCGACAACAAGUCCACGAAUGAGGAACGUGACGAGAUGUUGCGUGUCAUGCUGGAGUCUGCAGAGGCUGUUGAUCAGAUGGAGGGCGACGAGAUGGACGAUGAUGACCUCAACGACAUCAUGAUCCGACACGAGCACGAGCUGGCCAUUUUCCAGGAGAUUGAUCGGGAGCGAGCUAAGAGCGAUCGCUACGGCCCGGGCGACAAGAAGUUACCUCGUUUGCUCGGCGAAAGCGAGCUUCCAGACAUCUACAUGAAUGAUGACAAUCCCGUGGUAGAAGAGAUUGAGGUCAACUAUGGCAGAGGCACUCGUGAGCGUGCCAAGGUGAAGUACGAUGAUGGGCUUACAGAAGAACAAUGGCUCGAAGCCGUGGACGCAGACGACGACACGAUUGAAGACGCUAUUGCGCGGAAGCAAAAGCGGAUUGCCAACCGAUCAGCAAAGAAGGAGUCACGACUACGCGACGGCGAGGGCGUUGAUACUCCUCCACCUGGUAUGGAUAGUGAGGACGAGUCGCCGGCCCCCAAGAAGCGCUCCCGAACGAAGUCUCGGCCGGAAAAGCGAAAGGCGGAUGAGGCCUCCAUGGAUGGCUUGCCGGAGCCUCCAAAGAAGCGUGGUCGAAACCAGAAGAUCACAGAAACGCUAUCAAAGGAAGACCGCGAAUCUCUUCAGCAGAUCCUCGACAACGUCCAUGACUCAUUACAAGACCUUGAAGAGGAGUCGUCUGACCCGAACGUGCCGCCGCGCGGCAUUAUCGACCCAUUCCUCGAGUUACCACCCAAGCAUGACUAUCCGGACUACUACCAGCUGAUCAAGAACCCCAUCUGCAUGAAGCAAAUCGAGAACAAGAUCAACAAGAAGCAGUAUCAAAGCGUGCGGCAGUUCAGAGCAGACAUAGCGCUGCUGUGCAACAACUGCCGGCAAUACAAUGACGACGCUAGCAUAUUGUUUGCUGACGCGCACACGAUUGAGCGUGCUUGUCUCGAAAAGCUUCGUGAAGAAACUGCCAACUUCCCACAGUGGCAAGAUUUCGAUGGCGACAGUGCAGAUGGCGGAUCGACAAGGCCUAUGUCAGGUGUCAGCACACCGCAGCCGGCGAAGUCAGGCAUUAAACUGAAGCUGAACGGCGCGAGAGCUAAUGGCAACUCAUCGCGGGGCGGCACAGAGAGCGUGGCUCAGAGUGAUGACGAAUAGAGGCUCUACCACUGUUCAUGGCGACAAGGAUGGGAUUUGUUUGCACGAUACCGGCGUCGAAGGAAUUGAGAUUGGUCUGAGAAGAUCAUCCGCAAGGAGCUUACCUGCAUGGCAUCCACGUCAUGCAUUGGCGGGAAGCUCGUUUCAUUUCACGCAGAGUGGAGAAAGAAGCGAGCUCUUUUGAUGAGACGAAUGGCAGAGUUAUAGUAGACGCCUGGCAUAGGGUGGUUUCAGUGCUUCUACACUACUUCAGCUUAUGUACUUUAUGCCGCGUCUCUUAGGAGAAACAAGUAACGCUGUCAAGGAACAGUAUUCGUAACAUCUGCA